ACCCCAACACCCUGGAAGAAGCUGUGAAACUGGCUGAGGAUUUCGAAGACUCCCUGGUCCCUGCCAAAACCAGCCUACUUACUGUUCCAGUCCAAUGGAGCAGCCGAGCACCACCUCCUCUCUCCACUCCACUAGCCCCGGGACCUGGAUCAAGACCAUCCAGACCGCCGACCCCAAUGGGCAAUCUUACCUCCUCUUCAUGGAGGCCAAGGUUGGCCCCCAGCUGGGGUAGAUUUGCUUCCCCUGCCCCGUUGCCACAACAGCAACAGGACAGAUAUUUAACCACUGCUCCCUCUGUCUCCCCUACCUGUUUUAGAUGCCACCAACCGGGACACCAGGCCAGGUAACGCCCAUCUGUGAUGGAGUGUGAUGUGGUGCCUUGCAAUUGGCCAUCAGAAGCGGAAAAAAAAAGACAUAUCGAAAAAUGGGAGGGAGCAUCAACGAGAUGAGGCUGGGAUCUGGUGGGAGAAUGCCCGGAUGGUAACAAACGACAAUCAAAGGGAGUUGGUACGCAGUGUGACCGAGAAGCCGAGGUUACUGGGCCAUCCAGGUUGAGGCUACUCCAGCCCCUCUCAAUAUACCAGACAUGUGGACCUCAAGCACAGACCUAGCAUGGGGCCAAAGCAACAACCCCUCGCUGGUGCACGCUUGGGAACAGGCCCGGUCUAUUGAAGCCAUGAACCUUGAAUUAACCCUGGACCCCUGCCUCUCCUACUCCCAGCACAUCUUCACUCUAGCACGCACCUGCCGAUUCUUCCUGAGCAACAUACGAAGAAUCCAACCCUUCCUCACCAACUACUCCACGCAACUCCUCGCCCACCUAGACUACUGCAACUCCCUCCUGGCCGGCCUCCCUGCGUCCGCCACCCUUCUGCUCCAGCUCAUCCAGAACUCCGCUGCUCGCCUGCUGUUCUCUCUGCUUCGCUUCUCCCACGCUACUCCACUGCUCCGCUCACUCCACUGGCUCCCGAUCACCGCUCGCAUCCAGUUCAAGACUCUUGUACUUGCCUACCGAUGCCUUGACCAGACUGCACCCAGCUACCUCCAGACGCUCAUCUCUCCCUACACCCCCACCCGACCUCUCCGCUCCUCCUGCACUAGAAGACUGGCUGUACCUCCUCUACACUCCCCUGCCUCCAGAGCCCGCUCCUUCUCCACCCUCGCCCGGCAGUGGUGGAACGACCUUUCUACGAAUGUCAGGACUGCCCAGUCCCUGACCACCUUCCAGCGCCUCCUCAAGCACCUCUUCAGACAACACCUGUAAAACUCAACUCUUCUCUUCUAAAUAAAACUUUCUGCCUUUAAUGCACUUGCUUCUUGUCUUGUACGGAGAUAGUAUUAUCAAUGUAAUUGUAGAUUCAGAGACACCAGAUCUUUUGAAAAUGGGUAUGGAGUUGUGUAUUUUUAAUAAAUAUAUAAUAGCGCUAAUAAACAUAUUGAUAAACAAUAUCACAUUUGCCAACUUAUCCAGAGUAGCCGACUGAGCUGGUGACGUACAGAAUACGAUAUGAGAGAGAACAGAUUUUAUUGUGUAUGUUAUUUGUCCUUUUAUACUUCAAACAAAUAUGUUACAAAGUUGCGAAAAGUUGUCGAACUGUAAGAACAUAAGAAAGUUCACAAAUGAGAGGAGGCCAUUCGGCCCAUCUUGCUUGUUUGGUUGUUAGUAGCUUAUUGAUCCCAGAAUCUCAUCAAGCAGCUUCUUGAAGGAUCCCAGGGUGUCGGCUUCAACAACAUUACUGGGGAGUUGGUUCCAGACCCUCACAAUUCUCUGUGUAAAAAAGUGCCUCCUGUUUUCUGUUUGGAAUGCCCCUUUAUCUAAUCUCCAUUUGUGACUCCUGGUCCUUGUUUCUUUUUUCAGGUCGAAAAAGUCCCCUGGGUCAACAUUGUCAAUACCUUUUAGAAUUCUGAAUGUUUGAAUCAGAUCACCUCAUAAGUCUUCUUUGUUCAAGGCUGAACAGAUUCAGUUCUUUGAGCCUGUCUGCAUACGACAUGUAUUUUAACCCGGGGUAAUUCUGGUCGCUCUUCUUUGCACUCUUUCUAGAGCAGCAAUAUCCUUUUUGUAACGAGGUGACCAGAACUGAACACAAUAUUCUAGGUGAGGUCUUACUAAUCCAUUGUAAAGUUUUAACAUUACUUCCCUUGAUUUAAAUUCAACACAAAUCAAGGGAAGUAAUGUAUUUGAAAGUGUAUCCAUUAAUAUAUUCAUAUUUAUAAAUAUGUACAGUUGCAGGCUAGCUGCUUUCUGCAUUUUAAUGUAACAACAUGCUAGCUCCUAAUUAGUCAGUUAAAAAUAACUAAACCUUCGUCCCAAUAAGCUUUCAGCUCACACAGGUCAACCACAGCAGCAACCUUUCUAUUAUUAGUAUCAUAAAAAAAUCAGUAAGCAAGGUAUCCACCUUCAUCAAACGUCUAUCCACCAAGGUAUCCACCUUCAUCAUUUUCGGGGCUCAGGCUGAGGUUACUAACAUGCAUCACUGUAAAAAAACAAUUGUUCAUUGGUUAAGUAAUGUAAAUAAUGUGGUUUUGGUGUAUUGUGUAAAUAAAAUUUCAUUAUUUUGAACUUAAGUUUGGCAGGGAUGGGGUUAAGAGUUUAAAUGUUUUUGUUUCGAUGAUUUGUUUUUGUUUAAACCUUUUAUUUGAACCUUGCUUUUGUUCUUGUGUUUUGUUUGCUCCUCUGUUUAUUUUGGUCCCUGUUUGUUUGUGUUAAUUAAAGUGUGU